UUAACCUUACUUCAUGUUACUAAAAAUAACCUGCAAAUGCAGAAAGUGAUUUUUUUGUUUUUGAUUUUAGGCUGAAAAAUCAUGUACAGGCUUCGAAAAUCUCUAAUUCAUUCUAUACAGAGUUCCAUGAAAUACAAUGAGAAACUUAUGUCCAAUUAUGCCAAAUAUGCCGAACACAAAGACCUCAGCAAAAUCAGAAACAUAGGAAUUUCCGCUCACAUAGAUUCUGGAAAAACUACCCUUACAGAAAGAAUUUUGUUCUACACUGGCCGAAUUGAUUCAAUGCAUGAAGUAAGGGGCAAAGACAAUGUAGGAGCCACUAUGGACUCAAUGGAACUUGAAAGACAAAGAGGAAUUACCAUUCAAUCUGCUGCCACAUAUACUCUGUGGAAAAAUCAUAACAUCAAUAUAAUUGAUACACCUGGCCAUGUAGAUUUCACUGUAGAAGUAGAAAGAGCUCUAAGGGUUCUAGAUGGAGCUGUUUUAGUUUUGUGCUCUGUAGGUGGAGUACAGAGCCAGUCUUUGACUGUGAAUAGACAAAUGAGAAGGUACAAUGUACCAUGUUUAGCAUUUAUAAACAAACUAGAUAGAUUAGGAGCAAAUCCCAAUAGAGUCCUCUCACAGAUGAGAUCAAAAAUGAACCAUCAUGCUGCCUUUAUCCAGCUCCCCAUAGGCUUGGAGUCAAAUUGUCAAGGUAUAGUAGAUCUGGUUGAUCAGCAAGCUAUAUAUUUUGAUGGGGCAUUUGGUGAGGAUAUUCGUUAUGAUGAAAUACCCCCUGAAAUGAGAACUGAAAGUGAUGAAAGGAGGCAUGAGCUAAUUGAGCAUCUGUCAAACUGUGAUGAUGCUUUUGGAGAAAUGUAUCUUGAAGAAAAACCUCUGACUGUGUCUGAUAUCAAGUCAGCUAUCAGAAGGUCAUGCUUACAGAGAAAAUUCACACCUGUCUUGGUAGGCACAGCUCUUAAAAAUAAGGGGGUUCAGCCACUGUUAGAUGCUGUCCUGGAAUAUUUACCAAACCCUGGUGAGGUUAGUAAUUAUGGCUUGAGAGAAGUACAAGGAAAGGAGAGUGAAAAAAUUUUGUUGGAUCCAACAAGAAGUGGGGAAAAACCAUUUAUUGCCCUUGCUUUCAAACUGGAGGCUGGUAGGUUUGGACAGCUGACUUAUAUGAGGUGUUACCAGGGUAUGCUACAGAAAGGUGAUGCAAUUUUCAAUGUAAGAACUCAAAGGAAAGUCAGAAUAGCCAGACUGGUGCGUCUGCACUCCAGCAACAUGGAAGAUGUCAAUGAAGUUUUUGCUGGUGACAUUUUUGCAUUAUUUGGGGUGGACUGUGCCAGUGGAGACACUUUUGUCACUGACCCAAAAGGGGACAUUUCUCUGGAAUCCAUUUAUGUUCCUGAUCCUGUUGUCUCAAUGUCCAUUAGUCCAACUAAUUCCAAAGAUAGAGAUAAUUUCUCCAAAGCUGUUGCAAGGUUCACUAAAGAAGAUCCUACAUUUCAUUUCUAUUUUGAUAAUGAUAAUAAGGAAACCAUUGUAUCUGGUAUGGGAGAGUUACAUUUGGAGAUUUAUGCACAAAGGAUGGAGAGGGAAUAUAACUGUCCAGUGAACUUGGGCAAACCAAAGGUCUCUUUCCGCGAAACCCUAGUCUCCCCCUGCGAGUUCGACUACCUGCACAAGAAGCAGUCGGGCGGCCAAGGGCAGUACGCUAGAGUCUCGGGCGUGCUGGAGCCGCUGCCCCCGCACCAGAACACGAUGUUGGAGUUCGUGGACCAGACAGUGGGCACGAACGUGCCCAAACCGUUCGUGCCGGGCGUGAAGAGGGGCUUCCUGGCGAUGGCCGAGAGGGGGCUGCUGGCGGGGCAGAAGCUGUCGGGGUUGAUUUUCAGGCUGGUGGACGGGGCGCAUCAUAUCGUGGAUUCGAGCGAGUUGUCGUUCUUUUUGGCUGCCCAGGGAGCUAUCAAACAAACUUUCGAAACCGGCAUCUGGCAGAUCCUGGAACCCGUCAUGGCAGUGGAAGUGACAGCGCCUGACGAGUUCCAGGGCUCCGUCAUGGUCCAACUGAACAAACGACACGGAAUCAUCACUGGCACCGAAGGUACCGAGGGCUGGUUCACUGUCCACGCGGAAGUGCCCCUAAACGAAAUGUUCGGAUAUGCUGGGGAGCUCCGUUCUAGUACUCAAGGGAAGGGGGAGUUCACCAUGGAAUACAGCCGGUAUUCUCCUUGUAUGCCCGAGGUACAAGAAAAACUCAUUUUGGAAUACCAGAAGUCCAUGGGAAUGGUACCAGAGAAGGAUAAGAAGAAAAGAAAAAACUGAAAGGUGCCAAUGAGGCACUCUUGAGUAUUUUGUUGAGCUUUAAACCAAUUUGUACAUAUUUUUUUUAAAUAAAAUGUUUCUGUUCAUUU